AUGAAGGAAGUGCAAGUCGCCGAGGCCAGAGCCUUCUACGGGUUCCAGAUCGCGAUCGAGAACAUCCGUCACUUCCCCUGCUGCUUACCACUCUCCCGCCUUCUCCGUUCUUCCGCCACCGUCACUUUCGUCUGCCGUUACCGUCGCGAACUCCAUCUAUCUCUUCUCUUUGUGGCCGCCGCCGCUGCGGUUAUAGUGAUGGAUUACGCUCCGACGGAGGAUGGGGAUAGACGUAGUGUAGGUGUUCGAGGUGGAGGAUGGCGAAACACAGCGGCGGAAGAGCGGGGGACGGAGGAAGACGCGUUUGAUAAAUGA